AUGUGCACGCUGGUCCACAACCCCGACAAGACGAAGACGAACCUGUGGGCGACGCUGCUGGGUGAGGGAAGCAUCAUUUUCUUCGGCAACAGCGACGUGGUGUCAGUGGACGGGAAAAAGUGGGGCAGUGACCCGUUGACGCUGACGGAGAGGGACGGGAAGUUGUACGGGUGCGGCACGUCCGACAUGAAGGGCGUCAUCGCCGUUUGCAUGUCGCUGACUCCCGAGCUGCUGAAGAUGGAGCGUGCGAAGCUGAUCGACGACGCAUUGACGUACGACGAGGAUGUUAGCUGCCUCAGUGGGAAGGUUCUGGCACAAUUCCUGCGGGACCACAACAUCAAGGCGGGCGGCUGCAUCAUUGGGGAGCCAAUCUCUAAUCAAUUGGUUUUGGCGCGCAAAGGGACACGUUCAUAUUGA